AUGGCUUGUACAGCUACAAAGGGCAUAAUGCGUCUCGCUGCCGUUAGUCUUCUUCUUGUCUGUAUCGCGCCAUAUGCGGUUAUCGCUUCCCUUCCUCCCCCUCCUCCCUCCCCUCCCCCUCCUUCCCCUCCUCCCCCUUCUCCCCCUCCUCCCUCCCCUCCCCCUCCUUCCCCUCCUCCCCCUUCUCCCUCUCCUCCCCCUCCUUCCCCUCCUCCCCCUUCUCCCCCUCCUCCCUCCCCUCCCCCUCCUUCCCCUCCUCCCCCUUCUCCCUCUCCUCCCCCUUCUCCCCCUCCUCCCUCCCCUCCCCCUCCUUCCCCUCCUCCCCCUCCUUCCCCUCCUCCCCCUCCUUCCCCUCCUCCCCCUUCUCCCCCUCCUCCCUCUCCCCCCCCUCCUUCCCCUCCUUCCACUAUUCCCCCUUCUGCCCCUACUCCUCCUUCUGGCGGCACAUCCCCUCCUGAAACCCCCGGCUGCGUCGUUAAGAAGAGGCUCAUAUGCCCGUGGGUGUGUGACAAUAGCAAGAAGGAGCAUCCUAACAAGAAGGCGCGACCUGGCAAGAAUGAGCGUCCCUGCGUGUUAAACAAGGUUUGCCCCAACGGCCAGAUUUGCAUUCCGUUUGUGCGAAGCUGUGAGGGGUACAAGUGCUUUAAGGUGUUUUCAGCAGGCAAGAGAGGAUGA